AUGGUGAAGGUUUUGAAGUAUUUACCAAAGACGAAGUUCGUGAAAUUUUGGCACUCAGUAUUGUUGACUUUUUAAUGAGGAAGAUGGCAAGAAACUCAACAAAGAUUUCAAAUAGCACAGGUCAGUCGAGCUGUAGUCAAGAAAUACUGGACGGCGAGUCCUAUCACUAUGAUCUAAACAUCUCAAUUAUUGUGAUAAACACACCGUUUGCUAUAUUUGCAAUCCUUAGCAAUCUUUUGGUGAUAAGCACAAUCUGUAAGUCUCACCAACUUCGAGUCCCUGCCAACGUUCUACUUUGUUGUUUGGCCAUAACAGACCUAUUAGUUGGCUUAAUUACUCAGCCUCUAUUUGUUACGUGGCGCCUGAUGUUACACUACCAAUCAACCAUCUGUAACUCCGAAGUUGUUCAUUCUCUUUAUGAAGCUUUCCUUCACCUGUGCACGGGUGGCUCUUUCCUCUGUCUGGCAUACCUUAGUACGGACCGUUUCUUGGCGGUUUCCAAGCCGUUAUAUUAUCGUGCUCACUUCACAAAAGCACAAGCCGCGCGUAAUAUGAUCAUACUGUGGCUUGUAUGGAUUGGUAUCGUCGUUCUCCGCUACUCGGGUAUUGAUGAAGAAACCAAUCAAACUAUUACCUCGGCCAUUGCCGGAACGCUGGUAAUAUAUCUUCUUGCUGCUCAGAUAGCCUUGAUUAUCAGCAUCAAACGCAACAGUAUUCAUACCUUGCUUUCAGAAGAAAACACCGCUAAUACCGCUUAUAAAAGAGAAGCAAGAAUUGCAUUAACCAUUGUUUACAUUUUCUUAGCUCUCCUGGUUUUACUCCUUCCUGCUGUGGCUGUGCAAAUUGUUUUGGGAUUCACCAGCAGUAAUCAGAGUAAAACCGAAUUGAACUUAGCCAUUUCAGCUCUUCUGAUAAACUCCUCUGCAAACCCGCUUAUCUACUUUUGGAGAAGCCGAGACAUGCGUAAAGCAGCACGUCUUCUUUUCCUUGGCCCUGCAACCAAUAAUGGAGCAACCGGUAACAAUGGGUCUUCCGAUAGAAACAGCGGUGGCAAUAGUGGAAGAUCUCUUGAGGAUGCUGUGUAGAAAAACUAAAAACUCUUACUUUAAAAGAAAAAAAAUUAAACAACUUUCGAUAAAGUAUAUAUAUAUGUGUAAUUUCUCCAAUGGCUGUGUUUCAGCGUAACCCAACAGACAAACUCCAGUACAAGUAAAUUCCUGAACUUGAAAUUUUCAUACGUACUCUGAUGAGGGAGAUGGUGUACGAUAUAUCACAUGUUUCAUGCCGGCAAUAUGUAAACCGGCACUUAUCAACAAAUAAUCCACUCCUUAUGCGCACGUAUUUAACACACGCUACAAAAAUCAGCAAUGGCCCGCAAAGGUAAACCUGAGGCUCAGAAUAAUUGAAAAGACUGAAUUGAACGUCAAUAGAAACUUACUGGAUUGACAAAAAAUGUGUGAAACAAUUCAUGAUAUGUCGGAGAUAAAACCUCUCCUGCUCUAUUGAUAUGUAUGCAAGUAAUUAAAAACGGGUUGAUAUGUAAGUAAACCCUGUCACCUGCUGGUGUAAACCAUGAAGUGUCAAAUGACUUGGGAAAGUCGGUGCAACAUAAGCAUGAAUAGUGAAAAUUUAUUUUUUUGUUUAGGAAAACGUAAAUACGCCUAAUGAUUUUCAAAAUUGUGUUUGCAUUUAAAGUGAAUAAUAGAGGUCACCUGGCAACAUUUUCUUUCUACUUUAAUUGUUCCAUUAAAUCUAUUUAAGUUGAAUACGACUGACGUGAAUAAUUAGCAUAUUAAAAUUAUGUUUAGUUCCGUAUAUAGGUGUUGUGCAUCCGGUCUCGUCGAUUGUCGACUGCUAAAUGGCAAAAUUUACAUGCGUAUUUCGAAAGGGGAAUUCAACGAUAACUCUUUUUGAAAAGUGAGGUCUAAAUUGAAAUGGACGGAAUACAACCUGAAGUCCUUGUUGUGCUUCUUUAUCUGUCGUUAAUUUACGAAAUUAUCGUUGGCGUGAGGAUACGAGGACAACAGUCAUAUGAAAAGAUGAGGAAAGUGUCGGUCAGACUUGGAAAGCCGUCAUUCGGCAACAGUCGGUUGACGAACACAAGACCUGAAACUCGACCAGCGGAGAAUCUCAAUCAAACAUAUCGACAUUUUGUACAGAUGAGGAUUUUGGCGAGAGAUUAGACUAACAUCAAGUCUGAAAGUCUCAUUUAUUGGAGCCUUAGUAUUGGAAGAUCUAGAAAAGGAAUCACAGACUCAGCCAUCGAAUAUUGAUAGAGUCGCGCUUUGAGCUUUGGAGUGACAUCCAUACUAAUGAGUCAGCACACAUGGAAAACUGAAAACUCUUACUGAAAGAUUUAUUGUGAAUCAAGGCUCGCCUUCUCAUAAGAAUACAACAAACUUUGGCUGUGUGAACACAUCUGCAUUGUAAGUCCGGAUUAAGAAGGCCGCUUUAUAUAUGUUUGUACAUCUUUCUAUUACUUGAUGUCAUUUAAUAUCACGAGCAGUCUUUCUUUUCAAAACAAUUCGUAAUCCAGCGUUCUCUAAAUAUAUUUCACUCUGGUUCUAAAGAAAUGGAUAAAGAGUACUUAUCAGCAUUAGUCGUACACCCUUAGAAAGCAAAUUACCGAAAAAUACAUUUUUUCUUUUUAAGAUAAGCCAACAUCAACAAUCCGCCCAUUAUAACAUAUUUAGCUUUCAUGAUCACAGUAAAUAAGUCAAUAUGUUAACGCAAUAUAUGUCUGAAUCUUUUUCAGUGUUCACCUGUUCAUGCAUAUACUGAAUAAUUAUGCAAGAUCUCUCAAAGGAGUGCAUUUAUUUGUAUUCUCCUGAGGCUAUUUAUUCUACUCUCACUCAAUAUUGGCUUAAAGCUUUACCUGUAGGGGUAUAAUACAUGUAUUCGGAACAGAAGUUUAACAUUGCUCAUCACAAGGGAUUGAAACAUACCAUGACAACAUUUCGUAACAUGUAUGAUUCACUUCUCUCCCCCCCUCCCCCCCAUCACCCUUUCUUUUAAGAUUUCCGUCUUCCUUUUUUGAGCAGGUGGAGAAGCUGACUUUGACUAAAAGAAUAAAACAAACCGGUGAUAGGUUUGGUUUGGUGAACAACGAACAAGAACUGUGCUUAAUAAUAUUGAAAAAGAAGUGAAUUUUUGCUUCUCCACUUGGUAACGGUACAGUUGUGAACUAUUCAGCCAUUUUGCCACGAAUAUAUCGAAUUAGGCUCACCAAAAGAUCGCUAUGAGACAUCAUUAAAUAAGCUAAAAAUCGACAGGAGUCAAAAGUACCUUAUUUAUGAACUUAAUAGAUUCAACAUUUUCUUCCUGAUUUAUAAACUGCUGUCAAUCUUGUUUUAAGCGCAGUUAGACAUACAUUCAAUAAGCGCAGCGUAAUUUGCAAGAGUCUAGCAAAAAAUCGGGGGACAAUUUCAAGGUUUAAAGCUUAUUAGCUGCUUAAUUUUCCCUAUUUUAGCCUCUUAGAACCCAGAGGAUAUUGGGUAAGAGUUUGAUAAAAUGGAUACAAAUAAACCUUCUAAACUCUACGCUAGUUGAGUUGUAA